AUGAACUUUGAAGAGUUGUUAAAAUUAUACAAGAAAACACCAGAAUUCGUUGAAACUUUUCCAUUAGAUCAACAACCAACAUAUGGUAUAAUCACAAGUAUACUUGCUUUAUUAUUAAUUUUUAUUUCUGUCAAUAUAGCAUCUGAUAAAAAAAAGGAAACCAAUGCCAUUAUAUUAUUGUUAAAGUUUUUACCGGUUGCUAUUCUAGCCAGUAUUGUCAGUGGAUUUGCCAUCGUUUUUAUAUCCAAUUCUGUGGCAGUAUAUGUUUGA